AUGAACUGCAGGCCGAUAAAUAUAGUGGAAGACGAAGGGUUAUCAGAGGUGUUGCAAACUGCGUCCAAUGACCCGUCAUACAAGCCACCGUGCAGGACUACAGUGACCACCAAAAUCAGCAAGAUGUACGACAGCGAAAAGAAAAAUAAACUUGAGAUUUUGGUGGAGGAUUCGCCCAACUGUGUUGCUAUAACCGGAGAUCACUGGACCUCAGUUGGCAACCACAGCUAUUUGGGGGUGACCGGUGUUCCGGAUUUUUCAGAUCCUCCCGAGCGUCCAGUGGAGGUCCUCGGGGCUCAGCUGGACUCCAUCAGAGAGGCUCUGACCGGGGACCAAAGAGAGUUGUCAGCGCUGAUGUCGCGGAUGUCCCACACUCUGAGCGUCCUGUGUCCUCCUCAGACUCACACUGAUGUGAUCAGACUGCCCACGGACCUGCCCACGGACCUGCCCCCUCACCUGCACGGACAGGUGGUCAACAUGAUUCUGAGGAGUUUCUGUGACGUCUCUGGGUGCUGCUCAUGUUUUGGGGCUGGCCGUCUUCGUGGUGCAUCUCCACUCCUGCUCCAGACACUGCCCCCUGGUGGAGCUACAGCCGUCUGCGCCCGGCCCCGUGUGUGUGAGCGAGGCAGUGUGCUCCGGGCUCCGCUGCGACACACACACACACACAUGCUGUUCAGCCUCAGGUUUUGUCUGGUGGCUGUGAGUUUCGCCGUCUGCAGACGAGACGCAGAUCCACACCAGCUCAUUCCCUCCACUCUGUACAAGAAGCUUUUGUAUCUUGUGCCACGGUUGUUGCCUCGUGCCCGGAUGCCCGUCUGUGAUGAGGCCAUGGAUGAAGUCCCCAGAGCCACGGAGGAGGGAGGGUCCUGGAGAAGAGCCACGGAGGAGGGAGGGUCCUGGAGAAGAGCCACGGAGGAGGGAGGGUCCUGGAGAAGAGCCACAGAGGAGGGAGGGUCCUGGAGAAGCUCUGCCCUGAGUCUGUGGAGGGACCCGGCCUUUAGGUCCCUUCAGCUCAACACACAGUUUCAGCUGACGUUUUCAGAGUGGUUUCAUAAUGAGCUCCAGGUUUGCAGAGGUGAAGACGCCCUGUCUGACCCUGAGCGGCGGGAGUAUCAUGAGUGGGUCUUCAUGGAGCUGUUCCUGCCCCGGCCGGAGUCUGAUGGCGGCUUUGGGGGAGACGUGGAGACGCUCUGCUGCCGACUCAUCACCGCCGUCCUGGAUCAUGAGGUGAAUGAUGGUGCACAUCACAGAGGAGCACAGUCUGUUCUUCCAGACGUCCUCUCCAGGUUACAGACGUGUGUGUAUGAUCUUUGGCUCUCUGGACGCUCUGGCCGAGCUCAGAUGGGACGCGUCUGUCUGGAGCUUCUGUCCCACAGAUUCUCCUCGGUCCCAUCGGCUCGUCUGAGCGCAGAGCUCGUCCUGCGGCGCACGCUUCACUCCUGGAACAGAGUCCUGUUGGCCCUGCCGUCCUCACUGCUCCUGUCGACAGGAGACUGUCAGGUCCUCAUAGAUCACAUAAACCAGCACCAGAGGACGGUGUGUUCUCCUGAGAACGUGCUGCCGUGUCACAUCAGCACACACAUCAUGAAGGGUUUGUUGUGUUCCAUCUCUGAUCUUUCGGAGGACGACAGGUCUCUCUGGUUGGACUCGUCCUGGUCUCAGAUCGUCUCUCGUUGUCCUCUGCUCCUCGUCUCGUUUAUGUUCUGGUGGGAUCACAUGUGUGUGACCCUGUCCUCCAUGUGGGGGCGCUGCCCUCAGUUUGCCUCACUGUCCCAGUGCCACCGGUGGGCACAGAGGGCGGUGUGUGGGCAGGUCGACCCCGCCCCCUCGGCGCCCCCCCUGCAGCUGGCGGCGUGUCUGUACCGGGCGCUACACGACCGUGGAGGCCGCGGUGACGCCUUCGUCUCGGCGCUGAGGCGGGAGCAGCAGACGGAGGUUCUGGUUUUCCUCCUGUCUCUGUGUGUGAACCUCCAUCUGACGAGUCUCCUGCAUCCAGAGACCAAACGUGCACACACAGAUGAGACGUGCACGGCUCUGCUCUCUGAGCUGAUCGACUCCCCUGAUUGGCUGAGUGUCUUUAAAUCUGCAGAGCGCGGAGUUUUUGACACUGUGGCUCUGCUGGUGUCGGACGACCUGAACCGACUCAGGCCCUGGGCUUUUUACAGCGUGUUGUGUGAGCAGACCUCAGAUCUGUGGCUCAGAGCGCAGCGAUGUCCCGGCUUCAUCCACACAGCGGUGCUCUGUUACACCGACCUCCUGCGCCUCUUCAUCGACGGACGCGCCACUCCACAGACCGGACAGGUGGAACCUUCAGUCUUGGUCCAAAGUAAGAAGCUGCUGCUGAGAUGUUUAUCACAGAUGACAGGUUCAGCCCUGUCGUCCUCCCAGCGACAACAGCUGCAGGACCUUUGUGCCGAUCUGGACCCUGAAGUCACGGCCGCCCUCCGUUACCAUGACAACCUGAGCCUAAGCCCUGAAAUGGACUUCCUCUGAACUCAAACAAGACCAAAGACUGAAGUUAAAAACUUUUAUUUACAGCACAAAUAUCUGUUACAAAUUAAAUAUAAAUAACUUAAUAAAAUAAGUCUCAGUUCUGGCUGAAGACGUCAGUGUAAAUAUUAUUCUCUUUAACAUUCAGGUAAAAAAAUGCAUAGUUCAGUGGAGUCAGUAACAAGCUGCGGCUGUUCAACGUUUGUGUUCUGUGUGUCCAGAUAAACACGAGGCGUCUGAUGCAGUCGUCAGAGAAACUCUGUAAAAUUGUGAAUAAAAUGAAUAAAAAUAUUUGUCCUCAGGG